AUGACUUUAACGGAUAAAUACAAAGAACAGGCUACGAAUAAAACCAUAAUACAUAUUAACGUUUCAUCAUGCUCGAUUCUUCCAAAGUGUUAUGGUGAUGGUCAUCGUAGCGGCAACUCUGAUAGACAAUCAUCUAAUCAUAGAAUGAAACACGUUCCUUUUGAAAAAACAAAAUGGCACACGAGAGGGAGAUUAUUGAAAACGAUACUUUUGUGA